AUGUCUCUUUUUCUUUCCUUCGUCUCUCUUACCCACUUCAUAUUUACAAUUCCUAUUUUGCAGAGAAGGACUGUCAAUUUCUCUUUUUUCGCUCACUAUGUGGGCUUAUGUUUAAAGAGCGAACCAUCUUUCUUGGUUAAUAUUUUUUUUCUGGUGACCCUUCCUUCAAUAUUAAUAAUUUUCCCUCCGUCUCGAUUAAUAAUCGUCGCAGUUAAUUCUUUUCUAUCCUUCUUGGUUAAUAAUCUUCCUUUUUUAGUCUUCAUUCCUACUCGCUUAAUAAUCAUCCUUUUUGUUAGAUAUCCUUCCUUCUCGGUUUCGCUUUUGGCGAUCAUUCCUUCUUGGUUAAUAUUUUUUUUCUUUUUUGAUGAUCCUUUCUUCUCGGUUAUUAAUCUUCCUUCUUUAUCAGUUAAUCAUCUUCCUUUUAUAAUCCUCCUCCCAACUGAGUCAAAAAUCUUCCUUUUUGUUUGUUCUCCUUUCUCGGUUAAUAAUUUCAUUUUUUUUUUCUUUUGGCGAUCUUUCCGUCUCAGUUCAUAUUUUUUUUUGCCUAAUAAUCUUCCCUUUUUUGGUUAUCUUUCCUUCACGGUAAAUAAACUUACUUUUUGUCUAUCCUUCUUUCCUGUCUUACUUCUCUCAUUCCUACUUUCUUAUUAUGCCUUCUUUUCUUUCUUUUUACAUUCACCGCUUUAUUUUGCUUUGAUUUCGUUUUCUUUCUGCACUUCGUUCUUUCUUUCUCUUUCUCUUUAUUCUUUUCCUCCCUUAUUUCUUUUGCUAUCUUCUUCAAUUAAUUUGAUGCUCUUUAUCGCUUUUUCCAUUUAUUUUUCUCGCUUCUGUCAUUUUUUUUUUUUUUUUCGUAUGUUCAUUCAUCUCCUUAUCUUGGGUCUUUUACUCUCACUUUGGCCCAUUCAUACAAUCUUUCAUUUUUCUCUGUUCACUUUAUUUAAUUCAUUCAUUCUUUUAUUCAUUGUUACAUUUCUGUUCAUUAUUUUCCUGGCUUCUUCUUUCUUUCAUUUAAUCAUAUCUAUUUUUAUUUCCUUUCAUUAUUUUAUUCAUUAUCUGGAUUGUUCUCUAUUUCUUUUCCUUUUAAUAAUUCUAUCCUUUAUCUAUGUCCCUUGUUUUUUUCCUUCAUUCAUUUUUUCUUUCUUUCAUUUUAUUAUUUUCCUUCUUAUCUCCCUUGUUCUUGCUUUUAUUCAUCCAUUUUCUAAUUCUCGUCUAUAUCUUAUACCAUUUUUCUUUCUUCCUUUCUUUUUUCUUUCUUUCUUUCUUUCUUUCUUUCUUUCUUUCUUUCUUUAUUUAUUUAUUUAUUUAUUUAUUUAUAUUCUAAUUGUUGUUCCUCCUCCUUUUCUUUUUCUUUCAUUCAAUCCCUGCAAUUUUCUACACCUCCCUAUUUCUUUCACUCAUUUUGAUUUCAUUUCUUUCUUUCAUUCUUUUUUUUUAAUCAUUUUUGCUUCAAUUUCUGUUCUCUGCUCUCUGUCAUUUUCUUAUUUGUCUUCAUUUUCAUAUAUAUCUAUAAUGGAUUUCUCUCAAAACAAAAAAGGGGCAUUUCAACCCACCUUCUCUCUCUAUAAUCUUACAAUUUAUAUUCUUUGCUCCAAAACCAUUCUUUAUAUUUAUACGUAUCUUUCUGUCUUUGUUUUACAUCUGUCUUUUCUUUUUAAUUUAACUGUCUUCUGUCUUUUAUGUGAUUCUUACCUCGACGGCCAUUCUCCCUUACAAUUUCUUGUUGGUGCUUCAACAUUUUGUUUAUAUCCGUCUUGGUAUCUAACUAUUAUCUAUCUAUCUAUCUAUCUAUCUAUCUAUCUAUCUAUCUAUCUAUCUAUCUAUCUAUCUGUUUACUCUUUUUCCUCUGUGUAUCACAUUCGGUUAAUAUCUAUCUUUCUAUUCUUUUCUUUUCUUUUCUCUUUCUCUCCAUGGAAUAAUGAGAUCUCAUCGUCAGACACCAUUAACUUAACCGACCCUAUCCUUAAUCGACACUAUCUUCUUGUUUUUCCCUACCUCGAACAUUCUUCUCCUCCAAUGUCGAGCUUUCUCGUUUUUAACAGGUCUCAAUCCCUCGACAUUUGCCACCUUAUUUACAUCCACAUCUCUUCACAUUUUCCUAAUAUUUAUCACCUCAUUUUACUGCUUUCUUUUAACCGUUUUCUUUCUUUCUUUCUUUCUUUCUUUCUUUCUCAAAUGUUUCAUCCCGACAUUCUUUGUCUUUCACCUUCUUUCCGUAAGUAUCCAUUUUCUUCGUUAACACUCUAA